AUGGACUAUUGGCAGGCAGAGAAGCCCGAAGUAUGGAUAUCGGGUAACAUGGGGGGUAUAAACGAUAUUCUCAUAUUAGAUCUAACAACACCAGAGUCCAGUUACCACGUUCUUGUUGGUGUUUCAUACAUUUCCAAAUACGAGCCUGACAAUGAAACGGAAAAUCAUGUCAAAACUUUAUACCGCGUACCACAGAAAUGGGCAAAGCGUUUGUUUAUCCGAAGAACCAGCAAUGAUUUUUAUAUGCAUUUGGCCCCAUAUGAUUUUUGUUGUCGACAAAUACUUGAGAGAAACGAGGUUCAAAUAGUUGAGUGUCGUUCGUUUACAAUCCCGUUUGAAUAUGCAAUUGAUGAAACAUAUUUUCACGUUGGUGUGGGACCUUACUGGCACGAUACACACGAUGUGUAUACCGAUGUUAGCAUUCAUGCAGGGCUAAAACGUCUUAACGCCAUUACAACAGAGCCGUUUGGGAAUGCAGCCAAAAUGAUUUAUGCACUGGGGACAUACGAUCCAAAACUUCGGUAA